CCUUGUUCGACCCUCCGACGAACUUACUUUCUGCCGUAACUUAGUUUUCUUACUCUCUAGGUUUCUCGAUUCAUCUCCGUUUCAACUAUGGACUUAGAGGAGGAAUAUGGUCCCUCCUAUGAAGAUGGAGACGAGGAAGAGGAGAUCACUCAGGAGGAUGCUUGGGCUGUUAUUAGUGCUUACUUCGAAGACAAGGGUUUGGUCAGACAGCAACUCGAUUCCUUCGACGAGUUCAUACAGAACACUAUGCAAGAAAUUGUAGACGAGUCGUCGGAAAUUGAGAUUCGUCCCGAGUCUCAGCACAACCCUGGACACCAGUCCGAUUUUGCCGAGACAAUCUACAAGAUUAGCUUUGGUCAGAUAUACCUAAGCAAGCCAAUGAUGACCGAAUCAGAUGGAGAAACUGCAACUCUGUUUCCAAAGGCAGCAAGAUUGAGAAAUUUAACUUAUUCAGCUCCCUUGUAUGUUGAUGUUCAAAAAAGAGCUGUAAAGAAAGGACAUGAUGGCGAAGAAGUAACCGAAACACAAGAUUUCACCAAAGUCUUUGUUGGCAAGGUUCCUAUAAUGCUCCGAUCAAGUUACUGUACCUUAUAUCAGAAUUCAGAGAAGGAUUUAACGGAACUCGGGGAAUGUCCUUUGGAUCAAGGUGGGUACUUCAUCAUUAAUGGGAGUGAAAAGGUUCUAAUUGCUCAAGAAAAGAUGAGCACCAAUCAUGUGUAUGUAUUUAAGAAGAGGCAGCCAAAUAAGUAUGCCUAUGUGGGUGAAGUCCGUUCUAUGGCAGAGUCCCAAAACAGGCCGCCCAGCACCAUGUUUGUGCGCAUGCUUUCAAGAACUAGUGCCAAAGGGGGUUCCUCUGGCCAGUAUAUUCAUGCUACUUUACCAUAUAUCCGGGCAGAUAUUCCUAUUAUCAUUAUUUUUCGGGCGUUAGGGUUUGUUGCUGAUAAAGAUAUAUUAGAACAUAUCUGCUAUGACUUCACUGAUACCCAAAUGAUGGAGCUGCUAAGGCCGUCUCUUGAAGAAGCAUUUGUCAUACAAAAUCAACAGGUUGCGUUAGAUUACAUCGGCAAAAGAGGAUCGACAGUGGGAGUGACGAGAGAAAAGAGGAUUAAAUAUGCCAAAGAUAUCCUUCAAAAGGAGAUGCUUCCACACGUCGGGGUUGGAGAGUUUUGCGAGACUAAGAAGGCAUACUAUUUCGGGUACAUCAUCCACCGGCUUCUCCUAUGCGCACUUGGCCGAAGGGCAGAGGAUGAUAGAGAUCAUUAUGGUAAUAAAAGACUAGAUCUGGCUGGUCCCCUGCUUGGUGGUCUUUUCCGUUCGCUUUUCAGGAAACUUACUAGGGAUGUCAGAGGAUAUGUCCAAAAGUGUGUUGACAAUGGUAAAGAUGUCAAUCUUCAAUUCGCAAUUAAAGCGAAAACAAUAACCAGUGGCCUUAAAUACUCUCUUGCCACUGGAAAUUGGGGUCAGGCGAAUGCAGCUGGUACUAGAGCCGGGGUGUCACAGGUGCUUAAUCGGCUAACAUAUGCCUCUACUUUAUCACACUUGCGGAGAUUGAACUCUCCUAUUGGUCGUGAAGGGAAAUUAGCAAAGCCUAGGCAAUUGCAUAAUUCACAGUGGGGAAUGAUGUGUCCUGCAGAAACACCUGAAGGACAGGCUUGUGGGCUGGUGAAGAAUCUUGCUUUAAUGGUAUAUGUCACUGUUGGUUCAGCAGCAUAUCCCAUUCUUGAAUUUUUGGAAGAAUGGGGCUCUGAAAAUUUUGAGGAAAUAUCUCCUGCUGUGAUCCCCCAAGCAACAAAAAUCUUUGUCAAUGGUUGUUGGGUCGGUAUUCAUCGUAAUCCCGAUAUGUUGGUUAUGACAUUAAGACGAUUGAGGAGACGGGUUGAUGUUAACACCGAAGUGGGGGUUGUUAGAGAUGUCCGUUUGAAAGAGUUGAGGAUAUAUACAGAUUACGGCCGUUGUAGUCGUCCCUUAUUCAUCGUAGAGAGGCAGAGGCUGCUUAUCAAGAAGAAAGAUAUUAAUUUAUUGCAGCAGCGGGAAACUCCCGAAGAAGGUGGCUGGCAUGACCUUGUGUCGAAAGGUUUCAUCGAAUAUAUUGACACUGAAGAAGAAGAGACUACUAUGAUUUCCAUGACUAUAAAUGAUCUUGUGUCUGCAAGACUCAAUACCAAUGACCCGUAUUCCAGUUGCUAUACACACUGCGAAAUUCAUCCGUCAUUAAUACUCGGUGUCUGCGCUUCAAUCAUUCCGUUUCCUGACCAUAACCAAUCCCCACGUAAUACGUAUCAGUCUGCUAUGGGCAAGCAAGCGAUGGGAAUUUACGUUACCAAUUACCAGUUCCGAAUGGAUACAUUAGCAUAUGUGCUUUACUAUCCUCAAAAGCCUCUUGUUACAACUCGUGCCAUGGAGCAUUUGCAUUUCAGGCAACUUCCUGCUGGCAUUAAUGCUAUUGUUGCCAUUGCUUGCUAUUCGGGAUAUAACCAAGAAGAUUCCGUCAUUAUGAAUCAGUCAUCAAUUGAUCGUGGAUUUUUCAGAUCACUUUUCUUCCGUUCCUAUAGGGACGAGGAGAAGAAAAUGGGGACACUAGUUAAAGAAGAAUUUGGCCGUCCAGAUAGAACUAAUACCAUGGGUAUGCGUCACGGUUCUUAUGAUAAAUUGGACGACGAUGGACUUGCUCCUCCUGGAACACGAUGUUCUGGGGAGGAUGUCAUAAUUGGGAAAACUAGUCCAAUAGCUCAGGAUGAUGCUCAAGGACCGGCAGCUCGAUAUUCAAAGCGUGAUCAUAGCACAAGUUUGCGUCACAGUGAAACCGGAAUGGUGGAUCAAGUUUUGUUAACGACGAAUGCUGAUGGGUUGAGAUUCGUCAAAGUCAGAGUGAGGUCGGUUAGGAUACCGCAGAUCGGAGAUAAGUUCAGCAGUAGGCAUGGUCAGAAAGGAACCGUUGGUAUGACCUACACUCAAGAAGACAUGCCGUGGACAGUUGAAGGAGUCAACCCUGAUAUCAUAGUCAAUCCUCAUGCUAUUCCUUCUCGAAUGACCAUUGGUCAACUUAUCGAGUGUAUUAUGGGGAAAGUGGCAGCUCAUGUCGGCAAGGAAGGAGAUGCAACUCCUUUUACCGAUGUCACUGUGGAUAAUAUUAGCAAAGCUCUUCAUAAGUGUGGAUAUCAAAUGAGGGGAUUCGAGACGAUGUACAAUGGUCAUACAGGAAGAAGGCUACCUGCGAUGAUAUUCCUUGGUCCGACGUAUUAUCAGAGAUUGAAGCAUAUGGUUGAUGAUAAGAUUCAUUCUCGUGGAAGAGGGCCGGUACAGAUAUUAACUAGACAGCCUGCUGAGGGACGAUCACGUGAUGGUGGUCUUCGGUUUGGUGAGAUGGAGAGAGAUUGUAUGAUUGCACACGGUGCUGCUCAUUUCCUUAAAGAAAGGUUGUUUGAUCAAAGCGAUGCGUAUAGAGUUCAUGUCUGUGAGCUGUGUGGUUUGGUCGCUAUAGCGAAUCUCAAGAAAAACUCUUUCGAGUGUAGGGGGUGUAAGAACAAAACCGACAUAGUUCAGGUUUACAUACCUUAUGCUUGCAAGUUGCUGUUCCAAGAACUGAUGGCCAUGGCUAUAGCUCCGAGAAUGCUGACAAAGGAUAUUAAAUCCUCCAAAGAUCAAAAGAACAAAGGGGGGGCCUAAUGAGAAAUAGUUUAAACAAUAAACAAACAGUUUUUUGUCGACAGGAGUGGGAUUGCAACAUGACAGACUAAAAUACUUGAUAAGUUCGGAUUAGGCAGUGUUUGAAUUUAUGCUCAUACACUUGGAUGGACGGAUGGUUCAGAGCACUUCAAUGGUUGUAGGAUGAAGAGUAUUUGAUGUGUUGUGGACGAAAUCAUGAAUCAUAAAAAACCUGGACAAGAAAAAAGUAGUUUAAUCUCAAUCUCCAUGUUCAUUGUUUCCCUAGUCCAUGGAAUGCCAUUUGUCUUUUAGUCCAACCCUUUGAUAACGUUUUUAGUAUGGUUUCAGUUAACCACCUUUUUGGCAAUGUGACUGAGCGAUUGAUGGUCCAAGGAUGAUAAAGUCUUUGUUUAUUUUAUAGUUCAAUUAUUGUUUAGAUUGUUCAAUGUAAUUUGUAAUGUUUGGUUUGAUAAUCCCUGUAUUUUUAUAUGCUUAGAUUAGAAUAUGUUAUUGAAUGAAAUAUGCAUAUGCUUUUUU